GAUCAAACAAACACAAGAGAUGGCACCUGUUUGGGUCAAAGUGUGCAUGCAGAGGACAGGUGAGUCAAGUUGUGUGUUUGUUGGUCACUGAAUUAGUGCUUGUAUGGGCAAUGUGAUCUAAAUUCUAUACGGCUGUCGACUCACUUGCCUGCCACUUUUCAAUGAAGAAGCCCGUCCUCACGAUAUUCUACCCAAGAAGCGAGCCAGUUUAUCGGUCAACCCCAAACGGAUAGAGGUCAAAUUCACAAAGCAAAACACAAAAACCCCCGACGAAACGAAAGGGCCUACGAGUCACAAAAAUGUGCCAGGCAGCAAUGUUCAAAGACCCAUCCUGCAAGUGCCAGUGGAUGGCCAUCGUGCAGCCAUGCUGGCCGGGGUUCGGCUUCAACAACUGCCCUACGUUUUUCAACGGCAUCACCAAGGAGGCGCCGCCCUUCAUCAAGGCGACCAAGAUAUGCUGCCCAAAGCACGACCUCGAGGGCAUGUACGACCGCAACCUGAUCCGCAUGGUGGUCAAGGUGGAGAAGGGGCUACGCUGGGGGAUGGGACCGGACGAGAGGGAUCCGGGGGUCGAUAUCAAAUGCGCCGUCAUGUAGGGUGCGACGGGAGAGAGGGGAGGGAAGGGAAGUGAAGGGAAGUGGUGGUAUGUGAAACAAAAAAGAGGUUUAUGGGUGGCACGUACAGAAAAUCGUCUUGCUGUUUAUCGGAUUCACGGACCAUGCUGACUGGCUGGGGUUAAGGAUUCAAAGUUGAGGAGGGAAAGGCCAGACGACGAGACAAGG